CACAACACCAUUCCCGUCAAGCCCCUGGAACUUUCAUGGCAGGAAUGGCACAUGAAGGAAGAGCAUCAAAUGGACAGUUUCGACGCGGCCUCCUUCUUCAUGAUCCACGAUUUGCAAAACAAAGGGUUUUGGGCAGCAGAGGAGAUCUUGUAUCUAUACGGAUUGACGCGUGACGAGGUUGUUGGCGACGGCAGUGGCAUGGGUGACCACGACCACGCGGAAGCCAUUCCGCAAAGUCUUAAAGACAAAGUCAUCAGCCAUGUUUCCCGUCUUUUGAAUGGGGACAGCGAAGGCAACGUGUCCAAGGAGCAGUGGUUGGAGUUUUCCAAGAAUGGAGGGCUUUUGCCCGAUUUUGGCGUGGGUCCAGGCCAUCACAUGGACUUCGAGGCCGAGUAUGAAAAACAUCACUGGAACAAGUACCACCGGGACCAGGACCCAGAUGUGCAUACGAAGCACAAAGAAGACAUUGAGCAUGAAAUGUUGCAUCACGAGCACGAAAUCGAGGAGUCGCAUUCGAAUGAGGGCGGUAGGGCGAGAGCCCACGAUUACGUCAGCCCGGUCAAAGUGCACAACAUUCCGCAGAAAUAU